ACAAAUAUCCAACAUCUCCUGGCUGCAGGCUCUUCUCUCUUAAUUAGUCUACCUAACUUCUUUUCCAUUGAUUCUAAUUUUACGUCUGCUUUCUUCUACCAUCAAAUGGGCUUUGCAAAAUUGAAUGAAGUAAAACAUAGUCAAUUCCUAGCUUUCUCAAAUGGCCGUACUGCUCUUCACUAUGAUUGCUUUCUCCAAUCUUGUUUCUUCUGCAACAAAACUCUUAGCCUUGACAAAGAAGUGUACAUGUACAGGGGUGAGCUAGGUUUCUGCAGUGUGGACUGUAGGAAUAGGCAGAUAUACUUAGAUGAAAUGAAAAAGAUUGAGAUUUACACUAAGAAACUGCUAGCAUCUUUUGUGCGGCAACGUCGAGAGGCCGGUGGACGGUGUAGUGAAACUACACUUCUGUCGGAGGAUUACAGGCAGCCUGGCGAGCCACUGUCGUGUUCUAAAAAUCGAGUUACAUUCACAUUCUCAUAGUCGAUAAUAUACUAUACUAGUCGGAGCUAGAAUUUUUAGUUUAUAACUUAUGAGCCAUAACUCUUAUAUUUUUCGGGUUCUAAAUAAACUAUUUUGUACAUAUUUAAUAAAUUUAAUAAUACAAAUAAAGAGUUUGAGACACAGCUAUUGAGUUCUGCCAUACCUGUAACUAUAAGGCUGGCUCCGCCCCUGGUAUCGCUAUUACAUAUUUUUUCGUUCCCAUUUGGUGUCUAGUCCUGCAUUGGUCUCAAAUAAAUACGGAUUAAAUUCGUGCCAAAAAAUCUUGCAUAGGAAGGUAAAGCUAGGGCUCCCUAAUAAAAGCAAUUCCAUAUCUGGGUCUCGAACGAGACUUCUAAUAAAAGAUAACCACCUUUUAAUUUAAUUACUUUUCAUAGCUACAAAG